AUGAUAUUUAACAAAUCAACAGAUUUGUUGUCAUUAUUAUUACUGUUAAUAAUAUUGCUGAACGCUGAAUUGAUACUUAGCCUUCGAUGUAAAUGUAACACUGAUAAAGGAGCUACAGACUGUAAUGGUGAUUACUGUGACGUACAUAAUGUCAAAACUAAAAGAUCUGCUUGUGGUGCUGUAAGGAUUAAUGAUCAAACAUAUUUUGCAUGUGUUCGAAUUAAAAGUACUUCUAAUGACACCUAUUGUCAUGUGAUUAACAACGCAACUGCAUGUUGGUGCAGAGAUAUUGACUUCUGCAAUGCUGAUCUGGAAUCAGAUUUAUACAAUUCGGAGCUGGAGAGAAAGAAGAAAUUACUGAAAAAACAAUUGUUUGAGUCAAAAUCAAUGCUUCAAACUCCAUUUGUUAUUACGGCAUCAGUUGUGGAUGAUAUUGCAACAACAGAUAUUAGGACUGCAACUGUUAUCGAACCGGUCACGGAUGUUAAAGUGACCGCUGAAAUUGAUGAAAGACCUUGGGUUUCCGGAUCAGUCAACAUUCAAGACAGGAAGGCU